AUGACGCAGAGGGAAGAUGUACUUAAGUUUGAACAGGGGCGAAUUAAAGCCCUCCAAGAGGAGAGGCUACACAUACAAAAGAAGACUUUUACCAAAUGGAUGAACUCAUUUUUACAAAAAGUAAGAAUGGAGGUGGACGACUUGUUCGUCGACUUGGCGGACGGAAGAAAGCUUCUCAAACUAUUAGAAAUAAUUUCCGGCGAAAAACUGGGCAAACCAAAUAACGGGCGCAUGAGGGUGCACAAGGUGGAAAAUGUCAACAAAAGCUUAGCGUUUCUCCACACAAAGGUGAGAUUGGAAAGCAUCGGGGCCGAAGAUAUUGUUGAUGGAAAUCCUCGACUGAUUUUGGGUUUGAUAUGGACGAUUAUCUUAAGGUUUCAAAUUCAAGAAAUUGAAAUCGACGUGGACGAAGAAAAUGAAAGCAGUGAAAAAAAAUCGGCUAAAGACGCUUUGCUCUUGUGGUGUCAGCGUAAAACGAAUGGCUACAAAGGCGUCAACAUACAAGACUUUACAAGUUCUUGGAGAAAUGGCUUAGGAUUCAACGCAUUAAUCCACUCUCAUCGGCCAGAUCUACUAGACUUUCCGUCGCUCGAGAAGAAUACCAAUAUCGACAACCUGAACAUAGCUUUCGAUGUGGCCAAUAAUGAAUUGGGAAUUCCCAGGUUGCUCGACGCCGAAGACGUAGACAUAAACAGACCGGAUGAAAAGUCAGUAAUAACGUAUGUCGCUUCGUAUUACCAUACGUUCGCUAGGAUGAAAAAUGAAAUGAAGAGUGGACGAAGAAUAGCCAACAUUCUCGGUCAACUAAUGGAUAUAGAUAAGAAAAAAAUUAUCUAUGAACAACUGACUUCAGACUUGUUAGAAUGGAUACGGAUGAAAAUUAAAGAACUCGAAAAUCAUAAUUUCCCUAAUUCUUUAGAAGGCAUCCAGCGUGAACUAUUAGCAUUUAAAAAAUACCGGACUGUUGAAAAACCUCCCAAGUACAUAGAACGAAGUGAAAUUGAAGCUCUUUACUUCCAUAUAAAUACCCUACUCAAAUCGCUUAACCAAGGUGUGUUCAUACCCCAAGACGGACAAUUGAUACACGAUGUUGAACGUAACUGGGAAGCCUUAGACAGGGCCGAACAUAAACGUGAAGUUGCUCUACGAGAGGAACUAUUGAGACAAGAACGUUUGGAGCAACUCAAUUACAAAUUCGAAAAAAAGAGUGUCCUUCGAGACGGUUACCUAAAAGAAAUGAUCCAAGUACUGAACGAUCCUAGGUUUGGCAAUAGCUUAACUCAAGUCGAUGCAACGGUAAAAAAGCACGAGGCUAUUAGCGCUGACAUCAUGGCAAGAGAAGAACGGUUUCACGAUUUGAAUGCCAUGAGUGACGAGUUGAUUAAAGAAAAUUACCACGGAGCUCAGAGAGUGAAAAAUAGGGAAGAAGAAGUAUUACAGAGAUGGAAAGAUCUUUUAAAACUUUUAGAAAGUCGCAAAAUAAAUUUGAACAAUAUAAGUACCAUGUUUUCUAUGCUUAGAGAGAUAGAAACAGUUUUGUCAACCAUACAGGAAAUUGAAGUGACUUACAAAUCUGAAGAUGUCGGGCCUCAUCUGCUUGUUGUAGAAGACUUAUUGCAAAAACAAAACUUGACUGAAAUGCAAACUACAGCCAUUGGUGAAACCGUUCGAAGAUUAAAUAGACAAGGUCAACAAUAUGUACCCUCUAAACAUAAAGAUACCGCUUUAUUAAAAGAAAGUCUGAAUCAACUCAAUACUGCAUAUGACAGGUUGUCUGAACUAAGUAAAGAAAGAAGAGCUAGACUAGAAGAAGCAAGAAACUUCUAUCAGUUCAUUGAAGACCAUGAAGAUGAAGAAGCCUGGCUUGUCGAAAAGCAGCGAAUUUGUAGGGCUGACAUUUCCGCAAAAGAUUUGAGAGGCGUAUUAAGUUUACAACAAAAACAUAAGGUUUUACUUGAUGAGAUGAAAGUGCAUCGACAAAAAACUGAUCAAAUAUGCAAAUCAGGUCUGAGUAUAAAUGCCAGUGAACCUUCGGAAGUUCAAUCGAGGGUUGAUUCUUUACAAAGCAAUUGGAAUUCAUUAAAUAGCUUAUCACAAUUGAGAACUAAGCAAUUGCAAGAUGCAGCUGAAGCUUAUCAAUUUUAUGCUGAUGCAAAUGAAACAGAAUCUUGGUUACAUGAGCAUUUAACAGUACUAAGUACUUCUGACCACGGAGUCGAUGAACCAAGUGCACAAGCUCUGUUGGCUAGACACAAAAUACUUGAAGAAGAGUUAGAUGCAUAUCAAGGAGACAUACAGUCAUUGAAUACACAAGCUGACAAUUUGAUCAAAGCAGGAAUAUCAAAUAUUUUGUUGUCUAAUGAUACAAAUCAAAAGGUUCAAGCUGAACCAAUAGAAGAAUGGGUGUUUGAAACUAGGUUACUUCCUCAAGAAGUCUUAGAAGAAGAAAUAAUCGAACAUGUUGAACACCGAACUGUUGUAGAAGAACGACAAGUACCUCAAGUAAAAAGUCUGUACCCAUUUAAUGGACAAGGCAUGACAAUGACCAAAGGAGAGGUGAUGUUCUUACUAAAUAAAACAAACCCAGAUUGGUGGAGUGUAAGAAAACUAAACGGUCAAGAUGGUUUUGUACCAGCUAACUACGUUUGUGAGGUUGAGCCUAAAAUUAUGCAAGUAUCAGUUAGAAGGCCGCACGUAGUAAAAAGUACAAGAAAAGUCCCCAAAGUCAAAAUGGUCAAACAAAAGGUUCGAGUUAAGAAAACUAGAACUCCAGAAAAAGAUGAGCCAACAAAGAAAGACGAUACCAAUCUUAACAAUGAACGAAGUAUUGAAAAACGUAUAGCAAUCAUUAAUGAGACUUACACAAAGUCACAAGACUUAGCAAAAAAGCGCCAUGCCCUUUUAGAAGAUUCUAUUUGUCUUUAUGGAUUUUAUCGAGAAUGUGAUGAUUUUGAAAAAUGGAUUAAAGACAAAGAAAAAUUACUGAAGGCUGAAGAUAAAUUAGACACUGUUGAGUCUGCAAAAAGAAAAUAUGAGAAAUUCUUAACGGAUUUAUCUGCAAGUAACAAACGUGUUGAAGAUAUUGAUCGGGCGGUUAAAGAUUUUGCCAACCUUGGACACAGUCAGCUUGAUAUGAUUACCAACAGACAAAAUCAAAUACAUACAAUGUGGGAUCAUCUAAAUUGGCUGAAAGCACAAAAAGAAAAGAGUUUAGAAGGAGCUCUUAGUGUGGAACUAUUUGAAAAAACUUGUGGUGAAGCCAGGGAUUGGAUGACAGAAAAAAUGGAUAAACUUGAUGGCGCUGAAGUAGGGUUGGACUUAAAAACUAUACAAGCACUACAGAGGCGACAUUUAAAUUUAGAAAGAGAAUUAGCUCCAGUGGAAGAAAAAGUAAACAGGGUUAAUUUAUUGGCUAAUUCAGUGAAGGUUUCUUAUCCUAAUGAAAAAGAAAAUGUUAUUCAAAGACAAAAAGAGGUUCAAGCCUUGUGGCAAAAUGUAAAGAACAAAGCUUUGGACCGGAGAUCUCGUUUAGAAAGUGCUGUCGGGCAGCAAAUUUUCAUGAAUAGCUCGAAAAAUCUCUUAAAUUGGCUGUCUUCAGUAAAAGAAAUGGUGAACACUGAUAAUUCUGCUCGUGAUGUGGUAACAGCAGAAAAUCUACUUAAAAACCAUCAAGAACUGGGCGAUGAUAUUAGAGCUCAUGAAGAUGAAGUAAGAGAAGUUUCAGAACUGGGUAGACAGCUAUUAUCAUCUGGUAACUGUAGUAGUAACGAAGUCAAAGAACGCAACAAUAAAUUAACUACAGAAGUAAAUAAUGUUACCGAAGAAUGGGCUCAAAAAAAGGAAUGGAUAAAACAAUGUUUAGCCUUACAAAUAUUUAAUAAAGAAGCAGAUCAUAUUGAUGCAGCUACUUCUGGUAGCGAAAUGUUUUUAGAAUAUGCUGAUUUAGGAGGGUCUGUUGAUGAUGUUGAGGCGCUGUUAAAACGACAUGAAGAUUUUGAAAAUUCACUUUAUGCACAAGAUGAAAGAUUAAAAACUUUCUGUGAAAUGGCAAACAAACUGAUUUCAGCUAACCAUUAUGAUACUAACCAUGUUGAUAAACGUAAAGAAGCAGUUUUGCAUCGAAGGAAUUUGGUAAAAGACCAAGCAGCAGUGAGGAGAAAUGCUUUGAUAGCAAGCAGAAAUUAUCAAGCUUUCCGAGCAGAUGUGGAUGAUCUUAAAACGUGGCUAACAGAUAAGUUGAAAACAGCAAGUGACGAAUCAUAUCGGGAUCUUACAAAUAUUGAGAGAAAACUUCAAAAACAUGAAGCAUUUGAAUGUGAAUUACGUGCAAAUGAGGGUCAACUAAGGAAUAUCAAUAAGUGUGGUCAAGGUUUGAUAAACGAAGAAAAUUACCGAAAAGAUGAAGUAAAAACAAAGUUAUCCGAAUUAAAUAACGACUGGAAAAAAUUGGUCGAAGUUAGUGUGGAAAAGGGCAGAUGUUUAAGACAAGCCGCAGCCCAGCAUACUUAUAACAGAACAUUAGAUGAUGCAUAUUUUAAACAUGAAGAGCUAAAAAAGGACUUGCAAUCACAACAAGUGGGAACAGACUUACGACAUUGCAAACAACUUCUUAAAAAUCAUCAAGUUGUAGAAACUGAAAUCCAACAUUGGAAACAAAAAAUUGAUGAUUUAGUAUUUGCCGGUGAAGAAAUGGCUCAAGAAGGUCAUUUUGAUGCUGAAAAUAUAUUACAAUCUAGUAAAAAAUGCCAACAAAUGUUUAAUGGAUUGGAUAAACCGCUUAAGCUUAGAAAAGAAGCUUUGGAUGAAUCAUUACGUUUUCACAAAUUUGGUUUUGAGUUAGAGGCUGAACUUAGUUGGAUACGAGAACAUUUACCACUCGUCGAGUCUGGUGAGUUGGGUACUGAUCUUCACCAAGCGCAAACAUUGUACAAGAAACAUAAAAAACUAGAAGCAGAAAUACAAGGUCAUCAACCUAUGAUCAAUAAAACCCUCGAGUCAGGUCAAUCGUUAAUUCAUCAGAAACAUCCAGAAACUAAACAGGUUUCAUCAUUAUGUACUGGACUGAAAGAUGCAUGGCAAGAUCUAUUAGCCAAAGGCGACGAUAGAAGUCGCAAACUAGAAUUAAAUUUAAAAGCUCAACAAUUUUUCUUUGAAGCGAGUGAAAUUGAGAGUUGGCUACUAGAAAAAAAUAAUAUGUUAUCUUCUACAGACUGUGGUCGAGAUAGAGAUGCAGCAUCCAAACUUCUGACAAAACAUAAGGCUUUAGAACUAGAAAUUGACACAUAUGAGGGUAUUGUCAAAGAAAUGUGUCACACUGGAAAUAAUAUGAUGAACUUGAAACAUCCAGAUAUUAAAGCUAUAUCGUCUAAACAGCAAUAUAUUUGUGAACAAUUUAAACUAUUACAAAAAUUAGCAACUGCAAGGCAACAUAGAUUAGUUGAGAGCAUGUGCAGACAUGAAUAUUUAAUUGAGAAUUAUGAACUUGAACAAUGGAUUCGAGAUAAUAUGCAAGCUGCAUCAUCUGAAGACUAUGGCCAAGACUUUGAACAUCUUUUGGUAUUACAAAACAAAUUUGAUGAUCUCAAACACCGGGUGGAAACAGGAUCUAAAAGAUUUAAACAGUGUGAAGAUCUUGCUAAUAAAUUAGUAGCAAAUGAUUCAGAGUAUACAUCUGAAAUUGAGAAACGGCAAGAAGAGAUUAGUGAACUCUGGCAACAAUUAAUAGUUACAAUAGAAAAUCGAGAAAAACGCCUCAAAGCGGCUGGAGAGAUUCAUAGAUUUCAUAGAGAUGUAGCUGAUGCAUUAUCUCGGAUUAAUGAUAAAGACGCAACUAUUUCUGAUGAUUUAGGAAGAGAUUUAAACUCAGUAUUAACUUUAAUCAGAAAGCAUGAAGGAUUUGAAAAUGAUCUUGUUGCUUUAGAAGCACAACUUCAGAUUUUAGUGGAAGAUGCUGUUAAGUUACAAACACUCUACCCGGGGUCAAAUGCUUCUCAUAUUGCAAAGCAACAAGAAACCGUAGUUCGAAGUUGGACUUCACUUCAGGAUCGCUCUGCACACAGGCGAGAAGCUUUACAAGCUAGCUGUGAUUUGCAUAGAUUUUUAGCUCAAGUCAGAGAUCUAGUCAAUUGGUCUAGUAGUUUGAGGGCUACUAUGUUAACAGAAGAAAAAGUAAGAGAUGCGGCAAGUGCACAGCUUUUAAAAGGAGAACAUGAAGCUGUGAAAGCUGAAAUAGAAGCUAGAGAAGAAACUUUUCAAACUGUUGCUGAUCUUGGUGAAGCAUUAGUACAAGGAGGUCAUUUUGCAGCAAAUGAAAUUCAAGAAAAACUCAAUCAUUUAUUAGAAGAACGACAUCAAUUGCAUUCUUCUUGGCAUCAUAAAAAAGUUCAUCUUGAUCAACUUAUUGAUUUGCAAUUCUUCCUCCGUGAUGCUAAACAAAUAGAUACAAUUUGCAACACACAAGAAGUAGCAUUAGCAAGUUUAGAAUAUGGAAAUACUGUGGAUCAAGUAGCUUCGUUGGUAAAAAAACAUGAAGGUUUUGAAAAAUUAUUUGAAACCCAAGAGGAAAAAAUUUCCCUCCUACAAGAUCACUGUCAUAAAUUACUCAGUCAAAAUCAUUUUGAAAGUGAUUUGAUAUCUAAAAGACUGAAUGAGGUUUUAGCUAGGCGAGCGCAAAUUCGAAAACUAAGCAUUUUAAGGAAACAAAAGUUAGACGAUGCUUUAUUGCAUGCCCAAUUUCUACGUGAUGUUGGAGAAGCUGAAUCAUGGAUCAGUGAAAAACGUAAAAAGUUGGAUGUGGAAAUUAGCAAAGGUGAUGUUAACAACUUGGAAGACAAAAUCAAAAAAUUACAAAAACAUCAAGCGUUCCAAGCUGAACUUACUGCUAACCAAGGAAGAAUUAAUUCUAUAAAAAAUAAUGCUGAUAUGUUGGUUGAAAAGAAGCACAAAAACUCAAAGGACAUUCAAGAUUCUUUAGGAAAGCUUUUAGUUUUAUGGAGAAAUUUGUUACAAGAAACUAAUGAAAAGGGCAGAGGUUUAGAAGAAGCUCAAGAUAUUUUAGAAUUUAAUAACCAAGUUGAUAAGGUUGAAACGUGGAUUAGAGACAAAGAAAUGAUGGUCCAAGCUGGAGAAAUGGGUUUAGAUUACGAACAUUGUUUAGCAUUGCAAAGGAAACUCGAAGACAUUGAUAAUCGAGUUGAUGAAGGAAAAAUAGAAACAAUUAAUAAUUUAGCUGAUAAACUUAUUAGACAAGGGCGUAGUGAUACACAGUCAAUACAACAACGUCGUCAAAAUCUAAACAAUAAGUGGAAGGCACUUCAAGGAGCUUUAAGUGAAUACAGAGAACACCUAAAUGGAGCCCUAGAAAUACAUUCAUUCAAUCGGGAUGUUGAUGAUACUUUGCAGCGGGUUAGUGAAAAAGCACUUGCAAUGUCAAGCAACGAAACCGGCAAGAAUCUGGGUGGUGUUGAGCAAUUACAAAGAAAACAGGAUGCUCUAGAACGAGAUAUGACAGCCAUUGAAGGAAAAACAAAAGAACACGAAUCUGAAUGCAGGCGCCUCAUUCAAAAAUAUCCAGAUAUGACUUCUCCGAUCAAAGCUAAACUGUCUGAACUACAAGAUAACUGGAGAAACUUGCAUAUGUUGUCGAAAAAACGACGAGAAGCUUUAAGUGAUGCAUAUAUUAGAGAAAAGUUUUUAUCAGAGUUAAAAGAAGCUGAACUUUGGGUUGUUGAUUCAAUUAAGAAAAUUAAAGGACAUGAUAUGCCCACGAAUAUGGCAGAAGCAAAAGCUUUAUUAGAAUUAAACCAAGAAAGAAAAGCUGAAAUCAAUGGACGCCAAGAACACUUUAAGACAUUAAAAGAAUCUGGGUUGAAAAUAAAUCCAAUUCCUGAGAAAGAACUUGCUCAUCUCGAUGAACUACGCAGAACAUUGAGUGCAGCUUGGGAAGAAAGAAGAACUAUAUUAAGCCAAGCUCUAGAACUUCAAAUAUUCAAAAAUCAAGCAGAUCAAGUGGACAAUUGGUUAGCAUCAAAAGAAGCAUUUUUGAGUAAUGACGACCUAGGGGAAUCAUUGUCAAGUGUGGAAGAAUUAAUACGAAAACACGAAGCUUUUGAAAAAACAUUGACAGCACAACUAGUCAAAGUUGAAGAAUUAGAAAAGUAUGCUUUAGAUCUUGUCACAGGCCAACACUAUGACAGCAAUGGAAUACAAGGUCGAUUAGUCAGCAUAUGUAAUAGAAGAGAUAGACUUAAAGAAGCUACAGCUUCUCGCAAAAGACGUCUAAACGAUUCCAGGCUUUUACAACAGUUCUUAAGAAAUAUGUAUGAGGUGGAAGGAUGGAUAAUUCAAAAACAACAAGUAGCUGGAGAUGAAAGUUACAGAGAUCCUACUAACUUACAGCGAAAAAUGCAAAAACACGCUACUUUUGAUUCAGAAUUAAUUGCAAAUCGUACUCGUGUUAAUGCUAUUUGUACUGAAGGUGAAAACUUGAUCAGUAGUGGUCAUUUUGCGAGUAUGGAGAUUCGAGUAAGAUUAGAUGAACUUGAAACGAAAUGGAGACUAUUGCAAGAGAUGAGUUCUCUUAAAAAACAACGAUUACAAGAUGCUUAUCAAGCAUUAUUGUUUAACCGUACAUUAGAAGAACUCGAAGCUUGGACAGAAGAAGUAGAAAUGCAAUUGCAAUCUGAAGACCACGGAAAAGAUUUGCAGAGUGUUGUAAACCUGUUGAAAAGACAUUCGCUGUUAGAGAAUGAUGUUCAUAGUCAUGGUGAAGCUUGUCAAACUCUAAAAGAUACUGCUCUGACUUUUCAAAAUUCUGAUCAUUUUAUGAAGGAUGAGAUACAAGAAAAAUCUCAGGCAGUUCUUAAGAGAUAUAAUUCUCUUCAAGAGCCAAUGCAAAUACGAAGGGAUAAUCUAGAAGAUGCUCUAAUAAAUUAUAGGCUGUCACGAGAUAUCGAAGAAGAAGUGACUUGGAUUAAUGACAAGGAACUGCAAAUCAACUCUCAUGAUUUUGGCACAAGCCUACACUCAGUACAGGCAUUACAAAAUAAACAUCAGGCUUUAGAUGCUGAAUUAAUAUCUCAUGAACCAGUAGUCGCUGCUUUAGUUGACAGAGGUCAGCAAAUGGUUCGUAGUGGUCAUUUUGCAUCACAACAAAUUGAAAUAAAUUAUAGUGUCCUUCAAGAAAAGAUGUCCCGACUUAAAGAACAAUCCAAGAUCAGAAAACAAAAAUUAUUAGAUGCUUACGAAUCACAAAUGUUCUAUGCGGAAGCAAAUGAAGCUGAAGUUUGGUUAAAAGAAAAAUAUCCUUUAUUGGCAUCCAACGACUAUGGUAGAGAUGAAGACUCUGUACAAACUCUUAUGAAAAAACUUGAAGGAAUAGAGAGAGAACUGAACACAUUCCAACAUACUCUUGAAAGAUUAGCAAAAUUAAGUAUGAAUCUUGUAAAUCGAUCACAUUUUGAUUCUGAAAAUAUUUUACGAAAACAGACUGAUAUCGAAGAAGUUUACACAGAGCUCUGUACAUUAAAUAAAAGAAGAGCAACUAGAUUAGUAGAGAGUCGCAAAUUCUAUAAGUUUAUUCGAGAAGCGGAAGACGUUGCCGAAUGGAUAGGAGAUCAAACAACAGUUGCUGCCUCAGAAGAUUAUGGUCGAGAUGUAGAGCAUGUGGAACUUUUGAUCCAAGCAUUUGAUAGCUUCAUGAGCGGUUUAAAUGGUAGUGAAGGGCGUAUCUCAAGUUGCAUAACCAUUGGUCAUAAGUUACUUGAAGAAAAUAAUCCUGAACAAGAUCAGAUUAGAAUAAGAUUAGAAGACACUCAGCAACUGUGGGAUGAUUUAAAAGAGUUAGCAAAUGCUAGACAAGAGGCUCUGAUGGGUGCUAAACAAGUGCAUGUAUUUGACCGAACCGCCGAUGAAACCAUCAGCUGGAUUCAAGAAAAAGGUGGGUUGUUGGCUGCCGAAGAUUACGGCCAUGAUUUAGAUACAAUACAAACUCUAAUCCAAAAGCAUCAAGGUUUUGAAGCAGACCUCGCUGCAGUCAAAGAACAAGUGGAAUGCGUCGUACAAGAAGCCGGUCGGUUGUCAGCCAUGUUUCCGGAUGCCAAAGAUCACAUCGAAGUAAAGCAGGAAGAAGCAGUGGAUGCUUGGACCACGUUACUAGAAAACGCGAGUCAAAGAAAGAGCAAGCUGAACCAAGCAGAACACUUGCAGUCUUACUUCGAUCAGUAUAGACACUUGAUCGCGUGGAUAAACGAAACCAUUGCAAAAAUCACUUCGCCAAUGCUCAGCCAAGAGGUGAGCGGUGCGGAAAUGCUCAUACUGCGUCACCAAGAAUACAACGCCGAGAUCAACAGCCGAUCUGAAGUGUUGGGCGAGUUCUAUCAGACCGGUAGAAGUCUCAUUCAACAUGGUCAUUUUAUGUCAGACGAAAUCAACGAGAAGAUCCACAUUCUCGAACAAAGACAUUAUUUCAUGACUGACACUUGGGAAAAACGUAAAAUCUUGUACGAUCAAAAUUUGGAUACGCAGCUGUUUAAACGUGACGCUGACCUACUGGAGUCGUGGAUACAAACCCGAGAACCCGUGUUAAACGACGACAAACUGGGCGACUCCAUAUGGCAAGUCGAAGAACUCAUAAGGAAACACGAAGACUUCGAAAAGACAAUCGAGGCGCAGGAAGAGAAGUUCGAUACGCUGAAAAGGAUUACUCUGUUGGAAUUAGCGUUCAAGGAACAACUGGAGACCGAAGAACGGGCCCGCGUUGCGGAAAAAGAACGAAUGGAACGAGAGCGGCUGGAAGCGCGCAAACAACGCGAAGUGCAGCGCAUUACAGACGAGAGAAAGAAAGAAGGCGACCGGUGGAAGGUCAACAAUGCUGGCGAAACGAUGAACGGCGACGAUGACGAUUUCGACCCUAACAUGAGAAUGCAUGAUAAAAAUAUUACGCAUGAAAACGAUCUAGUAGCGCCGUUGAGAUCGCCAGAAGCAUUGAGAGUCAAAAAUGCUUCACCUAUAGACGAAGACUCGAAUACGCUCAUGGUUCCCGGCUCACCAGCGUUAAACAACAGUGGUAAUUUCUCUUCAAUAUUUGGAAAUCGUUUGAAAAAAGACGUAAAAAGGGCUGAAAGUAUGAAGGCAGAUGUGUACAAGAAACCCAAACGAACGCCCAGUUUUACCACUCGUAGGAGAACUCAGAGUUUCCGAAAACUUCAAAAAUUGGAAAACGUAGACCAACUGCCCCCGGUAGAAAUACAAGGGUUUUUGGACAGAAAGCACGAAUUGCAGAGCACCGGGAAAAAAGCGGCUGUCAGGUCGUGGAAAACUUUCUACACAGUGUUGUGUGGUCAGCUGUUAUGCUUCUUCAAGGAUCAGGAGGAUUUCGUGUCCAGUAAAGCGGCAACGUCACCAAUCAUUGUGUUCAAAGCGAAAUGCGAAAAGGCGUUCGACUACACGAAACGGAAGCACGUGUUCAGGCUAUGCUGCACGGACGGUUCAGAGUUCCUCUUCUUGGCCGACACGUCCAAGGAAAUGGAAGAGUGGGUCAACAAGAUCACGUUCCACGCUCAACUGCCUCCCAGCCUGCAGCUUCUGAGCUACGACGACAACCAAAAGGGUUCGCCGCGAUCGGACCUACAGACUCCGGUUCCGUCGACGGUCAUCAGUACGAGUUCGAGCGCGGCCUCGACGCCGGAAACCGAACGCAAGCCCCUCGCACCGCUGCCACCUGUGGUAAACGCCCGGAAAGACAGCCAACUCCGUCGACCUAUACCGGUGCGACCGCCUUCGGUGGACAACAUACCGUACCAUAACAAUCACUCGGCCGUCGACGCCACCGAUUUCAGUACCAAAGCAUCGCCGUCCGGAUAUCCCGCGCGCCCACAUUCCUAUUACGCGAACGGCAACAACGACUGGACUAAGGACUCAAUCAAUCCCAAGUCACCAAUCCACCCCAAGUCACCAGAAGUCGCCCCUCCACCCUUACCGACUACAGCGCCACCUAUCAAAUCGGCUAAUAGAGAAACGUGGACCUCGGACUAUAGACACAGUGCCGUGUACGCGAACAUCGACGCUCUCAAGCAGCCACCGCCGCCGGUGCCGAACAGAUCGGCCACGUUGCCGGUGACGACGAGCAGCAGCCAGCAGAGGGCCAGCGAGAGUUCCAGCGAGAGCGAACACCAGAUGCCGAUGGGCCGCAAAGACAAGCGGUCCAGCGUGCUUUCCAGCCUUUUCCGCAAGAAAAAGGCCACCAACCUGUAA